AAGAAGAAAGGGAAAGAAUGGCUAGUAUCGGAACUGGAUAUGACCUGUCAGUGACUACAUUCUCGCCGGACGGCAGAGUAUUUCAGAUCGAAUACGCCGGCAAAGCUGUUGAUAACAGUGGUACUGUCGUCGGCAUCAAAUGCAACGAUGGAAUCGUCUUGGGAGUGGAGAAGCUAAUUGCGUCUAAGAUGAUGUUGCCUCGAUCAAAUCGGAGAAUUCACUCUGUUCAUCGUCAUUCCGGCAUGGCUGUCGCAGGUUUGGCUGCCGAUGGGAGGCAAAUUGUUGCCCGAGCUAAGUCCGAAGCUACCCAGUUUGAAAGUGUAUAUGGUGAGCCAAUUCCAGUGAAAGAACUUGCAGAACGAGUUGCUAGUUAUGUGCAUUUAUGCACACUGUAUUGGUGGCUCAGGCCUUUCGGAUGUGGGGUGAUUCUUGGAGGGUAUGAUAGAGAUGGACCUCAACUAUACUUGGUUGAGCCUUCUGGUGUCUCCUAUAGGUACUUCGGUGCUGCUAUUGGAAAGGGCAGGCAAGCUGCUAAAACAGAAAUUGAGAAGUUGAAGUUAUCUGAAAUGACCUGUCGACAAGGGGUUAUUGAGGUAGCCAAAAUAAUUUACGGAGUACAUGAUGAGGCAAAGGACAAGGCAUUUGAACUUGAAUUGAGUUGGAUAUGUGAUGAGUCUAACCGCCAACAUCAGAAGGUUCCUGAUAACCUUUUAGAGGAAGCGAAGACUGCAGCUAAAGCUGCACUUGAAGAGAUGGAUGCAGAUUAAGGGUGCAAAUAGACCUGCUCUUUCUUUCUUCAUGCAUCUGGUUAUUGAAUGAUCUAUCUUUGCCAUGUUAACUGGGAUUUUAGCACCACGGCAUUGAUCACUGCUGAUGAUGAAAGCUUUUAUAGUUUCUUGUAAUUCUGAACUGUAAGCUCUACUACUCGAAGUUAAAAAAUCCAGAGUAAUAGUUUGUAUUUCAAAUGAUGAAUUCUGAUUUUUGUAAGGCUUGAUUUUCGUAAACGGUCUUUGGUCUACAAAGCAGGUUAAA